CAGGGGGCCUUGUGCAUCCGCUCCAGACCAGGUGCUUCCUGCCCUGUGGCCCCUGGGGUGGGGGUGCUCAUCAAGGCACCAGGCUGACUGCUUCAUCCUCCCCACAUGGGCAAGCCUUAGCAACGUUAACAGACAGGCCUGCGGCAGAGUUCCCACCCUGCCAUGUGGUAGCUGUGGGACCCCAGAGGCAGCUUUCACCUUGCUCCAUCCCCAGGAGUAAAAUAAACCUGAUCCUAAAACCAGUCUUUGUGGACACCUACAUGUUCACCGAGUGCUUAGAACUGGACCCUUGUUUUGCUGAGAGAGUGGGGUGGUGGGUGGUGGGUUCUAGUAUCAUCUGGUUCCUGUGAUGGUGGCGGCGGCGGCAUUGGCGCUGAGUGGAAGCUGAGGGCCUGCCUGGGGGGCUCCUGCAGUCACCUAGAUGGACACAGAACAGCACCACUGACCCAGGGACCCACGCUGCUGCCAUCACCGAGGCCCCAAGGCCCUUGGGAGCCCAGGAAGAGGUGAAGCCCAGACAGGGUGGCCGACUGCCUGGGGCACAGAGUGAAGAGGCUGGAGGAAGCAGGGGCGAGGAGCCCAUCCCGAAGCAGGAACCAUAUCCUUGCCUGACCGACAAAGCCAGGGCACUCAGCAACCAGCGCCGGGGUGAGCAGCCCCUUGGGGUCCAUGUGCCCACCCGAGGCCCAGGCAGAGGUGGGCCCCACCAUGACUGAGAAGGCAGAGAUGGUGUGUGCCCCCAGCCCGGUGCCUGCCCCGCUCAAGCCUGUUUCGCCUGGGUCUUCAAAGGUGGAAGUGGGCCAUGGAGGCACCUCCUCCCCUAGGCUUCCCCCUGGUGUCCCAGUGAUCAGCCUGGGCCACACCAGGCCCCCAGGGGCAGCUAUGGCCACCACAGAGCUGAGUGCCCUGCAGCCCCCGCUGCUGCAAUUCUCUGCCCUGGGAAGUGCCCCAACCCAUCUGGCCCUGCAUUACCAUCCUCACCCCUUCCUCAACAGCCUCUACAUUGGGCCGGCAGGACCUUUUAGCAUCUUCCCUAGCAGCCGGCUGAAGCGGAGACCAAGCCACUGUGAGCUGGAGCUGGCUGAGGGGCAACAGCCCCAGAAGGUGGCGCGGCGCGUGUUCACCAACAGCCGAGAACGCUGGCGACAGCAGAACGUGAACGGCGCCUUCGCUGAGCUUAGAAAGCUGCUGCCCACGCACCCGCCCGACCGGAAGCUGAGCAAGAAUGAGGUGCUCCGCCUGGCCAUGAAGUACAUCGGUUUCCUGGUGCGGCUGCUGCGAGAUCAGGCGGCUGCUCUGGCAGCAGGUCCCGCCCCGCCCGGGCCCCGCAAACGGCUGGCUCACAGAGGCCCGGACGACGGUGCCCGCCGUAGGCCCUGUCGCCGGGCAGAGGCGGUGACGCGUCUGCCGCCCGCACCCCCGGCCUGCUCCAAGGACAGCCCCGGUGGGGCGGCCCGCCUCAUCAAGACGGAACGAGUGGCUGUGAGCCCAGAGGUGCGGUGACCCCGAGGCGUAGCCUCUGAGCCGAAGUGCACUGGGAACUCAGCCCCGGGCCGUGGACCAAUGGGAGGAUCACGCGCUGCGCUUACUCUGGAGCGAAGUCCCCCGCAGAGGGACCAGUGAGGACGUACCCUACAGGGGAAGGGGCCUGGGGUCUGGAAGGGCGACCAUCACCCCCAGGGGCCCCGCAGACCUUUUUAUCACCCACUGCCCGCUGGAAGUGGCCUUGCCGGCAUCCUCCUUCCGGAGGCGAGAUCCAGGAACCAACAUGGCAGAGCGGUCAUCGGACCCAAGUGGUGCCUCUGUUUUGCAGACUGGGGUGGGGGUUCACCGAGAGGUGGGGAGGAACCAGGGAGCCUUCCUCUUCUCGCCGGCGCCCCCUCCCGGGAACUCAGGGAUCCGAGCGCCUCGACGGCGUGGCGGCGAGCCCGGUGCGCUGAGCCCGCGCGGCGCCCCGCCCCACCUGGCCCAGUUGGGCCCCGCACAAUCAUGUUAGCGAAGGCUCAGUUGCUCUU